AUGAUAGGAACACUACGAAAUCUAUCUAAUGAUAAAUCAAUCCACAUUUCGCGUGCAGAUAAAGGUCGAGCGGUAGUCAUUCUUGAUAAAGUGGACUAUAUUAUGAAAAUGGAAUCAAAUUUAAACGAUACAAAUACCUUCAAAGUAAUAGAAAUGGAUCCAACGUUAAAAAAGGAAGAUAAGUUACAACAAAAGCAUUUAAAGUUGAGAAAUUCAGGCUUCAUUACUGACACAGAGUAUAGAUAUGCUCAUCCAGUUGGUUCGGGACCUUGGAAAGCUUAUGGAUUAACUAAAAUCCAUAAAAAAGAUUUACCAUUGCGUCCUAUUGUUGCGGUGUACAGCACAUUCAAUUAUAAACUAUCAAAACUUUUAGCAAAAAAAUUAGAUCAUCUACGAAUUAGUCCAACUAUUAUUAACGACACAUUUAAAUUUGUUGAUGAAAUUCAUAGUUUAAGAUUUUAUCAUGAUGAAAUUAAAUUAGUGUCCUUCGAUAUUAUAUCUUUAUUUACAAAAGUACCUCUAGAUAGAACAAUUGAAUUAAUCCUAGAGAAAAUGUACGGAAAACCGCACACUUGUACGUGUAGUACCAAGAAAAAAGAUGAUUGGUGUGAUAAUUGUAAAAAUAGAUACGAAUUAAAAUCAUUGUUAGAACUAGCAACGAAAGACUCUCAUUUCAUCUUCAACGGUAAAAUAUAUUGUCAACUGCAAGGUAUUGCGAUGGGAUGCCCUUUAGGUUCCCUCUUCGCAGAUGUUUAUAUUAAUUAUCUUGAAACAAAAUUAAAACAAAGAUUAGUUGCCAAUGCUGUAUUAUAUUGGAAAAGAUUUGUUGAUGAUAGUUUUGUAAUAGUUAAAAAAGAUGCUGAUAUACAUAAACUAUUAGAAAUUUUAAAUAGUUUUGACCUUGCUAUACAAUUCACAGUAGAAUGGAGAAUAAUGGCACUCUUCCAUUCCUGGAUAUAUUAA